AGCUCCCAAAAUUUUGUUUCUCAUGGAAACAAAACAGUCAGUUGAUGAGAUGCGGAAGAUUCAAGCAGACUUACCAUAUCGGUGUAUGUUAACGGUGCCGAGUAUUCAUAGAAGUGGCGGGCUGGCACUUUUGUGGAUGGAGGAGGUGGACCUGCAUGUCCAAACUUACACACAUAACCAUAUUGAUGCUCUUAUUUUUAAUGGCUCUAACCCUACAUGGAGAUUGACAGGUUUUUAUGGAUGGCCGGAAGAGCAAAGAAAGCACGAGUCAUGGCGGCUACUCAAGCAUCUUCACACUAGGAUCUCAACCCCUUGGCUUUGUGUUGGAGAUUAUAAUGAGAUCUUGUCAUCUGAUGAGAAGCAAGGUGGUGUACCAAAACCAUUGAAACACAUGGAAGCUUUCCAAGCUACCCUCCUGCAUUGUGGACUUAAGGACCUUGGUUUUCAAGGAAACAUCUUCACUUGGAACGAUGGUAGACAUGGGAAUGCAUUUGUACAGGAACGACUUGACAAAGCAACGGUGGCAUGGAAGGAAAUCUAUCCGGAGACGCGGGUCUUUCAUCUCCAAACCUCAUACUCGGACCAUAUUCCGAUAGUCAUUACCACACAGAACCAAACCCAGUGGACUAGAAGAAGGAAAGUGCCACGAAGAUUUGAAGAAAAAUGGGCUUCCAAUCCUCAAUGCGAGACCGUGAUACAAGAAGCAUGGAGGGUAGCCGAGAGAAAUGGCAGCCCUAUGUCAAAGCUAUUUGAAAAAAUCAAAAGAUGCAGAUUUGCCUCGGUGGAUUGGAGCCGUGCAGCUGGUGUUAGUUCAAAAACAUUACUCCAGGAGAAACAAAAACAAUUGGAAGACCUAUGUGCUUUAAAUAGUGUUGACCAUCUAGAUGCUAUUAAGGGACUAAAGGUAGAGACCAACAGUCUGUUACACCAGGAGGAAUUGUUUUGGCGACAACGGUCUCGCUCCAUUUGGCUACUGGCGGGUGACAAAAAUACAAAGUUUUUUCAUCAAAGGGCCAGUCAACGCCGAUGGAAAAAUCAAAUCUUGGGCGUCUAUGAUAGUGAAGGAAGGUGGGGCACAUCGGAGGAUAGCAUUGCUCACACUGCAGAACACUACUUCCAGCAACUAUUCACCUCUUCCCAUCCGACCACUAUUGAUGGAGUGCUCAACUCAGUGGACAGAUUGGUCACUCCAGGUAUGAAUGCCACUCUCCUUCAACGAUACACUCUGGAAGAAGUCAAGACAGCCCUAUUUCAAAUGCACCCUUCCAAAUCAACAGGUCCUGAUGCGCAGGAUUGGGCUGACAUGCUUCUUAGGAUGUAUGUGAGGUGGGGAGAGAAACAGAGAUACAAAACAAGAGUGGUUGAGAAAUCCUCCGGAGAGGAAGCAGGGAUUAAGUCAGCCACAAUUGAAGUUGAAGGUCGUUAUGCUUAUGGUUAUUUGUCUGGAGAGAAAGGAACACACCGUAUUGUGCGACAAUCUCCUUUUAAUGCCAAAGGUCUUCGCCAGACAAGCUUCUCUGGUGUUGAAGUCAUGCCUCUUCUUCCUGAAGAGUCGAUGAAUGUUGAAAUACCCGAGGAGGACCUGGAAAUCAGUUUUUCUAGGGCAGGUGGAAAAGGAGGUCAGAAUGUAAAUAAGGUUGAAACAGCUGUACGGAUUACUCACAUCCCCACUGGUGUUACUCUUUGAUGCACAGAAGAGAGGUCCCAACUAGCAAACAAGAUCAAGGCUCUGAGCAGGUUGAAAACCAAGUUGCUAGUCAUAGCUGUGGAGCAACGAGCAUCUGAAAUCAAGGAAAUAAGAGGAGAUGCGGUAAAGGCUGAGUGGGGCCAGCAAAUAAGGAACUACGUAUUUCAUCCAUACAAACUUGUCAAAGAUGUUAGGACAGGAUUUGAGACCUCGGAUAUUGCUUCUGUAAUGGAUGGUGAAUUGGAGCCCUUCAUCAAGGCUUACCUCAAAUACAAAUAUAGUAUGUCAGUCACUUCAAGUGGGGUUAAUUAACAUGUAAUAGAUUUUUAUUCAUUAACAUAUGUAGUCUACUACUUUAUUUGAUAGGUUAAGGGUAGGAGAGAGUAGGAUAGUAAUACUACUAUGGCCGAAGAAAUUUUUUUCCCAACAAAAAUUUCAUAAUACUUGGAGGAAACACA